UUGGGAACCGCUGUGACAUUCUGCUCUGCGCAGCGGGCAGUGCCGAGCCUCUAGUCGAGAAGAAGGGCACUGUGCUGAAGCAAAAGCCGUCGCCCCAGCAGAACUGCCUAGUCCAGAUGGAGGGAGCCUCGACCCUAGCCGCCAGCUUGCCAGGGCCUCUGGCCCUCCCAGGCCUGCUCUUUGCCGCCACCCUGCUCCUCCUGGCCCUGUUCCUCUUCACCAGGCGCACCAGGUGCCCUGGUGAACCUCCCUUGAUAAAAGGUUGGCUUCCUUAUCUUGGCAUGACCCUGAAAUUUCAAAAGGAUCCUUUAACAUUCAUGAAAACUCUUCAAAGGAAAUAUGGUGACAUUUUCACUGUUUUGCUUGGAGGGAAGUAUAUAACUUUUGUUCUGAACCCCUUUCAGUACCAGUUCAUAAUUAAAAACCCCAAACAACUAAGUUUUGGGAAGUUUAGCAGACGAUUAUCAGCUAAAGCCUUUUCUGUCAAGAGGCUGCUAACUGACGAUGACCUUAACGACGACAUUCACAAAGGCUAUCUGCUUUUACAAGGCAAAUCUCUGGACAGUCUUCUGGAAAUCAUGAUCCAAGAACUAAAGGAAAUAUUCGAGCCUCUACUGCUGAAAACCACAGAUUGGAAUACAGCAAGAAUAUUUUCUUUCUGUAGCUCACUGGUAUUUGAAAUCACAUUUACAACUCUAUAUGGAAAAAUUCUUGCUGAUAACAGGAAACAAAUUAUCAGUGAGCUAAGAGAUGACUUUUUAAAAUAUGAUGAUAUGUUCCUAAACUUAAUAUCUGACAUACCCAUUCAGCUUCUAAGAAAUGAGGAAUCUAUGCAGAAGAAAAUUAUAAAAUGUCUCACAUCAGAAAAACUAGCCCAGAUGCAAGGACGGUCUGAAAUUGUUCAGAAGAGGCAAGAUAUGCUGGAAAAAUACUAUAGGUGUGAAGACUUUGAAAUAGGAGCACAUCAUCUUGGCUUUCUCUGGGCCUCUACGGCAAACACCAUUCCAGCUAUGUUCUGGGCAAUGUAUUAUAUUCUUCAGCAACCAGAAACUAUGGAAGCGCUGCGUGAUGAAAUUGACAGCUUUCUGCAGUCAACAGGUCAAAAGAAAGGGCCUGGACUUUCCCUCCACUUCACCAGAGAACAAUUGGACAGCUUGGUCUGCCUGGAAAGCACCAUUCUUGAGGUCCUACGGCUGUGCUCAUACUCCAGCAUCUUCCGUGAAGUUGAAGAGGAUAUGGAUUUCAGCUUAGAGACUACAAGUUACUGUCUGAGGAAGGGAGACUUCGUAGCUGUCUUUCCUCAAAUCAUACACAGUGACCCAGAAGUCUUUGAAGCUCCGGAGGAAUUUAGGUUUAAUCGUUUCCUGGAAGAUGGUAAGAAGAAAACAACCUUUUUCAAAGGAGGGAAAAAGCUGAAGUAUUACCUUAUGCCAUUUGGAUUUGGAACCAGCAAAUGUCCGGGCCGAUAUUUUGCAGUUUAUGAAAUGAAGCUACUAUUGGUUAUAUUUUUAACUUAUUUUGAUUUAGAAAUAAUUGACAAGACACCCAUAGGACUAAAGAAUAGCCGUUUGUUGUUCGGUGUUCAGCAUCCUGACUCUGAUGUCUCAUUUAGGUACAAGGCAAAAUCUUGGAGAAAUUGAAAGGGUGGCAAGAAACAGAGUGAGGCUGUGUGUGCUGACCUCUGUUGCUUGUUUCUUUCACAUAAAUACGACUAUUGUGUUUGUAUGUUUGAAAAUGGCAAAUUUAUAUUUGGUUUUAGAUCUAUCCAGUUUGUCCUUGGUCACAAAACCUGUCAUAAAAUAAAGUAGGGCGGUGGCAUAAAAAAUGAUUAUGACAAUCAUUUCAGGAUAAGUUAAAAAUAAUGUUUUAAACUUUGUACUUACUGUGAUUUUUAUCAUUUUCAGUGAUUGUAGUUUUCCAGUAAUAAAUUUGGCCCAGGGUAUUUUUUUUAAUUACUGAAAUACUCUAAGAUGGCUUUAUGUACUGUCAAAAAGUGUGCCAUCGAUGGACAGUCUGACACUUUCCAAAUUUCCAGAGAAGAGAAAUUAAAUCCCAUGAGUUUCACUGUGUGAAAAUGUUUCCUACAAGUAUAAUAUCAAUAAUAUCUAUAUCACCAGGUUACCUUUGCAUUAAAUGAGUUUGCAAUAGAUUAAACGUUCCGAUUUUCCUUCAAUAUUUAGUCAUCCAUAAAUACUCUUUAUAACUUUGAAUUCUACAGUUCAACAAGACAAAAUUUUCUGUUAUGUAAGACCUCUCAUGUUCAAGUUAGAUAUUGUUAAAAUUUAAUGUGUAAGAAAACACAGAGCCUAUUAUAUAUUCAGCAGUUGCUCUAGACAUUAGUAUUGGGUUUAGUAUGCAGGGAAAUGUUGAAGUCAUUACAGCAUUGAUGGUAGUGUUGGUCUUUAGUAUAAACUGUGUUAUCUAAUGCUGCAAUGAACCCUUUACUAAAUGUUUCCAUUUAUAUGAAAUGAGAAGUUAGGUAGUAUUAUUUAUUCACAACUUUCUGGACUUGAAGGUUAGUUGUAUUAUUUUAAACUAUCAAAUUAAAGUAUUCAAAAUAAUUUUAUGUGACACAAUAUAACCUGUACCAAUGAUUAAAAGAUUUCUAUUAUCAAAUUUCCCAGUGAUUAACAUUUGACAUAAAUGGUGAUAGAAAAAUACAAACUCACAGGGCAAAUUAUUAAGGCAGAUUAAUUCAUGCUGCAUUAAUUAGAAAUUCAAAUGCUUUGGAAAUUUUCUAUUAUUGUUAUAAAGGAAAUUAUUUAAAAUAGCACUCUGAGAUGUUAUUACACAAGGUAAAUAUAUAAUGGCAUUUAUUUUCUCCUUCCUCGAGUAUAGGCUCUCUGAAUGCUGCUUGCUGCUUGUAUACUCUUAUGAAUUCUGUUUCUGUUUGAUUGAGAUGGUCUUUACUCUCAGUCUCAUUGCCUUUUUCAAAAUCUGCAAAAUGAGAUCUGGAGAGAUGGUUCAAUGGUUAAGAGCACUGGCUGCUCUUCUAUUAGACUGGGGUUCAUUUCCAAGCACCCACAUGGCAACUCACAACUAUCUGUAACCUGUUCCAGGGGAUCUGCCACCCUCAUACAGCCAUAGGCAGUCAAAACACAUAAAAUAAAAAUAAAACAAAUUAUAAAAAUGCAAAGUGACCUUUUAUGGUUAUACAAAUUCACAGAAAACAAAGUGAGGUUAUGACUUAUGAAAAGGAUGUGGAAUGAUUAAACCAACUCAAAUUAUUGAAUUAACUCACUUUUGUUGUAAGAACAUUUUAGAUAUAUUCUCUUAGCAGCUUUAACUGUACUGUGCUUGGUUAUUAAAUAUUUUCAUGAAGCAAUGUACUGGAACCCUUCCCAAAUCCCCAAAAAAGAACAAACAAAUUCAUCCUGGAUAAGAUUUUGUACUUUUUGGUCAUUUCUCCUACACUUUCCUCAGCCUCUGCAAUCACCAUUCACCCUGUGCUUUGAUAAGUUUGGUUAUUUUGUAUUUCAUAUAUAUUCUAGAUUGCUUCUCUGUUGCUAUGACAAAAGUAUUAUGACCAACAGUAACUUAAGGAGAAAAGUUUAUUGAGGGACAUCUUUCCAAAUCACAGUCUGUCAUUGAGGAAAUCAGGGCCAGAACUCAAGGCAGAAAACCUGAUACAGAAACAACAGAGAGAUGCUGCACAGUGGCUUACCCACUCACUAGUUUUCUUAUACAGCCCAGGUCCAUGAGCCCAGAAAAUGGCACUGUCCACAGGAGAUGGACCUGCCACAUUAAUCAUCAAUUAAGGCAAUCACUCAUAGACAUGGCCACAGGCAUGUAAUGAAGGCAAUUGUUCCUUUGAGGUUCCCCCUUCCCAGACACUCUAGGUUGUACCAAGUUAAGGCUCUGCCCUGCAGACUGUCAAAGCAGAUGCUGAGACUUAUGGCCAAAUGCUGGGCAGAGUGCAUGGAAUCUUAUGUAAAAAGUAGGAAAUAGUAAGAUCUGGAGAGGACAGGAACCCCACAAGGAGAGCAACAGAACCAGAAAAUUGGAACACAGGGGUCUUCCCAGAGACUCAUACUCCAACCAAGUACCAAGCAUGAGGAUAACCUAGAACCCCUGCACAGAUGUAGUCCAUGGCAGUUUAGUGUCCAAGUGGGUUACAUAGUAAAGGGAAGAGGGACUGCCUCUGACACAAUCUGAUAGGCCUGCUCUUUGAUCACCUCCCCCUGAGGGGAGAGCAGUCUUACCAGGCCACAGAAGAUGACAAUGCAGCCACUCCUGAUGUGACUCUGAUAGACUAAGAUCAGAAGGAAGGAGAGGAGGACCUCCCCUAUCAGUGGACUUGGGAGGGGCAUGCAUGAAGAAAGGGGAGGGAGGGUGGAACCUGGAGGGGAGGAAGGAGGGGCUAAUGGGGAGAUACAAAGUGAAUAAAGUAUAAUUAAUAAAAUAAAAUUUAAUUUAAAAGAAAGGGUUAAAAAAUAAAAAAUAAUACAUAAGGUAGAAUAUGUAGUAAUGAACUAUUUAUGCUAGGUUUUACUUCACUAAAUCUAUGUUCUCUAAAUCUAUGUUGUUACAAAUUACAAGAUUUAUUUGAGACUAGCAAUAUUUCAUCAUAUGUAUAUUCCACAUUGUCUUUAUUCAAAUGCUGUCUCUAACCACUUCUACCUCCUCCUUCAUAUAAUUCUGUGACACUUUUCAUUCUCUCAAAAUUAAAACUUAUGUGUUAUGUUAUGACCCACUGACCCUCUUCCUUUUGAGGGUCUCUGUGGCCGAUUUUGAGCCUCUAACAUCUCAGCGUUUAAGUUUUCUACCUCAUGUAAUUUCUGAGUUUAGUGAUUGCAUUUUUCAGUUUGACAAUUCAUUGUUCUUCAUUUCUACCUGACCAAAUUUUGUAAUAUCUUGUUCCUUUAAUCUACUUUCACUAUUCCUCUAUAUUCCCUUAGCUAUAUUAAGCAUGGUUUUAUUCUGCACCUGCCAUCUUUAGCCCCCUGGUGUUUUAUGUCUGUUAUGCAAUAGUCCCCUUCAGUUCUUCUGAGACAACAUCCCUUGGAAUUUUACCUCUGGAAAAUGUUUCUGAUCCGAAUUUAAUGCUCAUUCUUCCAAGUAUAGUUUGCCUUUGAUUUUGUCCUACUGUUUAUGUUUCUGUUUAGUUCCGAUUACUGGGAGUGAUCAAUUGUAGUAUUUGAGAGGGGACAUGAUACAUUGCUUAGGAACUGUGAAUUCCAGCCUUAAAUAAAACCCUGCAGAUAAGGGUGUUUUGUUAAGGGGUAUUUGUUGUUGUUUUGUUUCAUGUUUGCAUUUUACUUGUUUUGUUGUGAAACAGGGCCUCAUUAUAUAGCUUCAAAUGUCCUGGAACUCAAUACAUGUUCAUGGCUGGCCUUGAGCCCACAAAGAUAUGCCUAGUAGGUGCUGAGAUCAAAGGAGGUACUUAAAAACUAUGAUCAGGAAUGAUUGGUUUUGUCUAUUUGUUAGUUGUUUGUUUGAACCAGAAACAAAUUAAGUCAUACAAAUAUGUCUAAUCCUGCUCUUGUAGAGAAAGGUUUCUAAUCCAUCAACCGAGUAUGUUGACUCUGAAAAUUACUGACUUUGUGCAGAGGUCUUGGAUUUGACACCCCCCACGCACAUUUUCACACAGAUGUACAUGUACACACAUGCAUGAUUAUGCCGUGGUGAGCUCUAGACUUUGUCUUUUGCCUGCCAUAAAACACAGUUUUGUUUCCAUCCAAGUUGUAUUGCAAUAUUGGUCUGCUUUAAAGUCUGGAUGGAGAACCUUUCUAUGUUGUAAAAUUCAACAAGCAGUGUACUUUCAGGAGGUUGCAGGAGAGAAAACCACAAGAAGCUGUUGUACUCUAACUUCUCCUUAUUACAAAGGUGUAUAUGCAGUCUUUAAAUAAAUAAAAUGGUUGAAGAAAGAUUUUAUGAAACAGUUAGAGAGAAGCAAGGCACAUACCUGCUACUCCAGCCUUUGGGAGGCUGAAGUAGGAGGAGCCUAAGUUCUUGGACUACCUUGUGAAACCUUAUUUCUCAUAAACAAAGGUCAUGGGUUCUAGCUGGUUAUGUGUUGUUAUCACCAACACAUGUGAAACUUAUUUUGAAAACAAAGUUGCAAAGUUUAACAGAGAUACUUCAGCAACUUUUUGUCUUUUAAAAAUUUCUUUGUGGGCAAGAGAGUUGGCUCAGCAGGGAAGAGCAUGUGCUACACCCAGAGAACUGAGUUUGGUUCUUAGCACCCACAGUAGGCAGCUUAUAAGUCCAUCUCUAGGGGAUCCAAUACCCUUUUCUGGCCUCUAUGAACACCCCCACACACGUGGCAUUCAUAUAAGCAGGCAUAAGCGCAUACACUUAAACUAAAAUGAAACUUAGUUCUUUGAAAUUUUUGUGCAGUUGUUUUGAUUGUAUUCAUCCCCUUCCCCCAACUCCUCCCAGAUACAUUCCCCUUCCCUUCCUACCCAACUUUGUUUCUUUUUCCUUUUUUUUUUUUCUCCCAUCAGUUACAAUUUGUACUGCCCUUAUACUCUUGGAUGUGUGGUUGCAAUGGAACCUGUUUGAUCCACUAAGGGCCACAUACUUAAAGAGAACUCACUUCUCUUUUCCCAGCAGAUAUGAAUUUCCAGUUGCUCCUUAGGUAGGGGUGGGAAUUUAUUACCAUCUCCCAUAGGCCGUGUACAUUCUGGCAGGCCCUUGUGGUUCCUAUCUUCAACUACACUGCUAUGUCCAGUAAACACUGUUUUCUUAUAGUCCUGAACUACUUCUGGAUCUCACAAUCUUUCUGUCUGUUCUUCUGCAAUCAUCGUAGAGAUGGAGCCUUGGGAGGAGGGGAUGUCAUAUAGAUGUUUCUUUAGGGCAAUCAUUCCACAAUCUGCUAUUCUCUGAACCUUGACAAGGUGGGGUUUCUGUGACAAUCACAAUUUACGGGAAAAAUAAGUUUCCUUGGUGAGGGUUGAGAGGUGCAUUUAUCUAUGGGUAGAACUUCACAAGCGGGCCUCAAAUGUAAUCAUAACAUUGGUUAGUCCCAUAAUGUUUGUGCCACUAUUGUACCCAUGAGCAUAUAUUAUCAGACCAUUCAUUAUUGUAGCUCAUAGUGUUCAUAGCUGGGUAAAUCGAUGAGCACAUUUUUCUGUGGUAACAUUCCUAGCAUCUUCCAGCACUAUGAAAGCUAGCAAGUAGGGAUGAAGUUUCUAGGUCAGUACCAGCUUGGUUUCCCUAUGCCCUUGUACUUAAUUAUACAAUGUCUUUAGAAAUAAAAUCUUACUGUAAUAUUUUCUAUGGUAGCCAAGAACAUUGACAAUAAUCUGUAAUGUUUGUAGUCUAUGUGGCCUCAAUGACUAGCAACUCCAAAGAGGUAACUUACUCCUGGCACCGAGUGGAGCUUGUUAUUUCUCGUUCCUUGGUGUAUAGUGGGCUUGUUGUUGAAUCAUUAUAGGAUAACCCUAUCAAACAAUAUUCUAUAUGUGUGUGUGCUUAUGUUUUAGAAAGGUUCUACAAUAGUAGGUCAUGCGUUUAAUACAGUGAUAUUUUAUAGUUAUUGUUUUCUCAUUCAUUUAUUUGAUUGGGUAUUUACUGAAGAUUUUCACUGGUUAGUUAUGAUACCAUUCAAUAUAUUAACCUUCUCCUUUAUGAUUACCCACUUUAUUGGAGAAAACAACAUAUAAAUAACUUAUCUGUUGUUGGUUUGGUUGUAAAUAAUAAAGUUUUAUUUUUAAAUUUA